CUUAGUGAAGUUUCGAAAAAGAUAAUAAAAGCAUCAUAUUCCACGUUAUUCCUUGUAACACCCUUUAAAGUCAGCUACCUAGUCCGGUACAAGGACAGAUCCACCACUAGGCAGUAGGCACCAUCUAUUUGUUUGAAGUACCCAAAAGAAAAAAAAUUCACGAAAUCCACUAUUCUUGUUCAACAAUGGCACCUGUUGAUCCUCACUCUUUCACGGACUCCACUCACCCACCCACCACCAACAUCUCUCUCACUCUCUACUUCGAUUUCACUUCAUCAACCAUCCAUGGCUCUGCACUCAUUUCUCUACAAAACCCUCACUCUGGCCCUUUCUUCCUCGACACUCGUUCACUCACCAUUCACUCCAUACUUGACCCUCAAACUAACACCCCGAUCCCAUUUUCACUUUCUGACAAUGACCCAAUUAAGGGUUCCCAACUCUCUGUCUCUCUUUCAAACCAUGCCUCAUUUCUUGUCAUAUACACCACCUCCCCUUCUUCUUCUGCACUGCAAUGGCUCUUGCCACCUCAAACAUUCAACAAAGCACACCCUUUUGUGUACACUCAGUGUCAAGCCAUUCAUGCUCGUGCUGUGUUCCCCUGCCAGGACACCCCAGCUGUGAGAAUAUGCUAUUCAGCGCGCUUGAACAUCCCUAGUCAAUUGUCAGCAGUGAUGGCAGCAAGACACGUGGAGCGUCGUUCUCCCAUUGAUGAUGAAGCUAUGGCAUUGGCUUGUGGGAAUUCAUCUUGGUGUGCAAAAGGGAGGGUGGUGGAGGAGUUUAUGAUGGAGCAGCCAGUGCCACCUUACCUUUUUGCAUUUGCUGUUGGGGAACUUGGGAAUAGGGAGGUGGGGCCAAGGACAAGGGUCUUUGCUGAAGCUGUUCCUGAAGUGUUGGAUUCGGCUGCUUCAGAAUUUGCUGGGACAGAGGACAUGAUAAGAGAAGGGGAGAGGUUGUUUGGACCCUAUGAGUGGGAGAGGUUUGAUUUGUUGGUUUUGCCUCCUAGUUUUCCUUAUGGGGGUAUGGAGAAUCCAAGGAUGGUGUUCUUGACACCAACUGUGAUUAAGGGGGAUGCAACUGGUGCACAGGUGGUGGCUCAUGAACUUGCUCACAGCUGGACUGGGAAUUUGAUCACAAACAAGACCAACGACCAUUUCUGGUUGAAUGAGGGCUUCACUACAUAUGCGGAGCGGAGGAUUGUGGAGGUUGUACAAGGAGAAAAAAGAGCUUCAUUGAAUAUUGGAAUUGGUUGGAGGGGUUUAAAUGACGAAAUAGAGAGGUUCAAGGACAAUAUGGAGUUUACAAAGCUAAAAACUAAUCAGGAAGGAAUCAACCCAGAUGAUGUGUAUUCUCAGGUUCCAUAUGAGAAAGGUUUCCAGUUCUUAUUGCGCAUUGAACGACAGGUUGGGAGACCUGCAUUUGAUGAGUUUCUGAAGAAAUAUAUUGCUACCUUCAAGUUUAAGUCGAUUGACACAGACACAUUUCUCGACUUCCUUAAAGAAAACAUCCCUGGCAUAGAGAAUCAGAUUGACCUAGUACUGUGGACAGAAGGUACUGGCAUUCCUCCUGAUGCAUAUGAACCUGACUCCAGUGUAUAUAAAAUGAUUGUAUCGCUGGCAAAUGAGUCCAUAAACGGGAGGAUGCCAGGGGAAGAUGAAGUUGCUGAUUGGCAAGGUCAGGAGUGGGAGCUCUACUUGGACAACUUGCCAAAAUCCAUUGAAGUUUCUCAGAUCAUAGCAUUGGAUUCACGCUACAAGCUAUCCGAAUCAAAAGAUUAUGAGGUAAAGGUGUCAUUUCUCCAACGGGCUAUUUCAUGUGGAUGCAAAGCUUACUAUAGUGAAGUGGAGAAAACCUUAAAAGGAGUUGGGAGGAUGAAGUAUCUUCGUCCACUUUACACUGCUCUUGUUAAAGGCGCUGCUGGGAGGGAAGAUGAUAAAGUAUUUGCCAAAAGAAUUUUCUCAGAGGCUCGUGAGAGUUACCAUCCAAUUGCUCAAGGUGUUGUCGAGGCCAUAUUUGCCAAGCAUAUGUAGAAGCAAUUUUCUAAUAAUGUUUUAUUUGAACAUCUUCUAGUGAAUCUGUUUUCUGCUGUUUGAAUGUACUCCUUUAUAAUAAAUAUAUGUUUUACUUUUAU